UCCACCUUCUCACGGUCAUGUCGGAUCCCGCCGCUUGGCAGAGUUGCUCCCCGAGUUAACGAGGAGCGUAUCUAUGUCUCCGGACAGUGGGUUCCGUUAACGCUGCUGCCCUGGCGGGUUCCGGUGGCCUCAGUGGCGCUGGUGGGGUGAUGCUGGCGUCGGUGCUGGGGUCUCUGGCGGCCCUAGCGUCGAUGGCCGUGACCUUGGCGCUGUGUUACCUCUUCUUCCGCAAGAGGCCCGCCGCCAAGGAGGCUAAAGAUGAGCUAGAGCCCCUGCAGAUAGGGGGACAGACCCCUUCUCAAGGGACACCGAACAAAGGAGCACAACAAACGAAGAAAGGCGCCAACAACAAGAGUGUUGUCGAACUGACCAGACACAACGUCGAGGAUAGGCUCUAUCAAGGUACUGCCGCUGCCUCGUCGCUAUCUCUGGACAGGGCGAGUAAAGCGAAAAACGACAAAGUAACGAAAGAUAACAAACCUGGCUCUAGUUCGUCCACCUCUAUUUUACAAGCCCUCGUUGGAAAUGAGGACGAUUACGAUGAGGUGGAUACCUCGGAGCCUCUUGAGCCUGCAGGCCAGAUUCAGUUUAGCCUUGAAUAUGACUUUUAUGCCUCGACCUUAGUGCUGAGGAUUAUCCAGGGAAGAGAUCUACCAGCCAAAGACAUAAUCGGUACCAGUGAUCCAUAUGUUAAAGUCACCCUUCUCCCGGACAAGAAGAGGAAAUUAGAGACCAAAGUGAAACAUCGGACCCUUAAUCCUCGAUGGAAUGAAACUUUUUAUUUUGAAGGAUUUCCUCUACACAAAUUGCAAAAAUCCAUUCUUCAUUUAAAUGUAUACGAUUGGGAUAGAUUCAGCCGGGAUGACCCAAUUGGGGAUGUAUAUCUUCCUCUGGCGCAAGUGGAUUUAACUCAAAAACCUACGUUUUGGAAGUCGCUCAAACCAGCAGAAACUUGUAAGCUGGGCGAUCUUCUGGUCAGUCUGAUGUACGUGCCCCGCACGAGCGAGUUGACCAUCGGUUUCAUCAAGGCCAGGAAACUAAAAGCAAAAGACAUCACAGGAGCCUCCGAUCCUUAUGUAAAGGUAUGGCUGAUGCGAGGUGAAAAACGGUUGGAGAAACGAAAGACUCCCGUUUUCAAGGCGACCCUCAAUCCAGUUUUCAACGAGGCGUUCACUUUCAUUGUGUCUUGGGAGCACAUCCGAGAAACAUCGUUAGCUGUGACGGUGAUGGACUGGGACCACGUCGGCAGGAAUGAAGCCAUCGGAGGAAUCGUGCUUGGUCCGAGAUGUGGACCGACUGAGGCUAAACACUGGGGUGAAAUGCUGACAAAGCCUCGGACCCCCGUUAUCCAAUGGCACAAGCUGAAACCUCUCUGAAGAACUCACACAGUUAAAAAAGACUGUUAACCUCUCUGUCGCUCUCACUUUAUAGGUGUGUCACCCCAACGCGCGGGAAUCUGAGCAACGACCGCCCCGGUGCUUCUUGAAAACAUCGAACUGCGCCGCUUCUCUCGUGCAACGAACGACUCUCUCACUCUUUCUCUUAAAAAGAAAAAAAGACUGUAAUCUGUUUGUAUCUUUUUCUUCCCUCUGUAGACUCCGUUCUUUGUCUUCGUCGUAAUCGCAACGCACAAGGCGGGCCAUUUCGCUACCGAGGAACGGCGCUUCCGCUUAUUUUUGGGGCCAAAAUAAAGGAAAAAAGAAAUAUUAUUAUUAUUUUUGCCGAAAAUCCUGCUAUGCUGCACCCUUUGCGCCUCUGCCUUCUUCCUCUAUGCAAAAACGAGUGGGCUGUCCCUCCGCGAUGGGAAAACCUUCCCACCAAACAGGCACACUGCCUCGAUCAGAACAACGAACGGGCUAUGGAGGUGUGCUUGCUACAAGUGGCACUCCUGCAUUUAGCCCGCGGGCCGCAGCUUCGCGCUAAGCUUUACGUUUUCGAAGCACUCCCGGGGCCUAGGUGUUCAAUGAGUUGCCUAUUCUUUGAAUUUUUUAUGACGACAAUGAUCUGAUUAAAGAUAUUGUGGUAGCAUUGCUUGGAAAAAUAUUUCAGAACAUGAAAUGAAAACAUCCUGGAUAAAAUGCAUCACAGCAGGUUCAGUUUAUGCAAAUUUCUUACUCAUUGCUAUGAUAUCCGAAACUAUUUAGCAUGGCAGGAAAACAACAAGUAUUGGAAACUCUUUUUCGUAUAGAUAGAUAUUCAUAGCAAGCUAAAAGAGAAUUUGUAAUUGCAAACUAUUAUUUGCUUUUAAAUGCAUCACAUGUUAUAAGUUUCGUUGCAAACAAGUGGAACUACGUAGGUUAACACCAUGCAAACCAGACGUCUAGCACACGGUUUAUCUCAUUAAGGUAUUUAACCUAAUAACUGAGGUAGCGAGUACAAGAAAUUUUGCGUAUUUUGAAUGGCAAUAUGAGAUUUUUUUUAUUUUUUUUAAUUUGUAUUUAUUUAUUUAUUUAUUGCUAUUAGCAAUUUUGUUUUCUUUGCGCGUCAGAAUAUUAAAGAUAAAAGUGAAUGCGCAUGCAUUCUUGCUAUCAAUUGUUUUGAUAUUCACUGUUUUCAGUCAUUAGAAGUUAAUGUACUCUAAAGCAUUUUAUAGCAUUAAAGCGCAGCGAUUUAAUGAAAUGAAAUUUAAUUUUAAAAUAAGAUCUUAAACAAAAUAUGAUUUUUGGUAAAUAAAUCAUAUCAGUAUAUAUUUUUUGAAAAAUAAAUUUAAUCUUUUUGCUAAAAUUAUAAAGCUAAAUAUAAAUCCUGAAUUAUUAUGUCUUUAGAAUUAGGAAGGAAUUUUAGGAAUAAAUUUGGCUUUUUCGCGAGAUUUUGAGUGUAAUAUUCUGCUUUCUCUGCAUGUUUAAGACUUUUUAUUAUAUGGACGGAUCUGAUUUAGGAAUGUUUUAAGAUCUGAUUAAAAUUUACUGAAUAGGAACAGUAAAUUGCAUUGAAAUGGAAAAUUUGAACAUCGUUGCGAAUUUAUUACAUAUUAAAAGAUAUCUAUUUCAUGAAAAUGUAAAAACCUAUUGCUCUUUUGAACUGCAGAGUUUCCAAACUAUGUAUCCGAAACCAAUGAGCAGUUAUAGCAUUUUCCGUGCUCAUAGAUAUAAGGCUGGAAUAUUUAAGAUUAUCUACCGCAUUUCUCUUUUAGUAUCGACAACAGAAUAUUUCUUGAGAGUUAACUGAAGCAGAGUAUUUCAUGUGAGAUAAUUAAAAGACUGUGUUUAUAUAAUGCAAUGUAAGCAUAUGCACUGUCGUUCCCUCCCGCUGGUGUAAAUAUAUGCUCAGCUACUUUACAAUUAAUAGGCAUUAUUAAUUGUUUACAUAUCCACACAUGCAUGAUUUAGCUGUUUACACAGUUAUAUAUGUGCUUAUUCUUUUAGUUCUCUUAGUCUCUCACUUGUCUUUCAUUGCAUCCCUACUCAGAUUAAUUCAAACUCCUCUUUUCGAAGGAUAAUAUUUCCCAUUUUGACAACCAUUGAAAAUUUAUACUAAUUGUUUGCUAUGGAAUAUGGUUUAUUUUAGUAAUUUCAUAAAUAUGCAUUAAAGCUUCCUCACACCGUUCAAAAUAUAACAGAGACCACGAAAUAUGACAUUAUAUUCUCGUGACAUAUCUAAAUGCGGCUUAAAAAGUAUAUUGUAUCUUACAUUGUAUUUAUCUGCGUACUUUCUUUUCCUUUCUCAGUCUAUAUGAAGAAAAGCGGUUUUGAUGUUUAGCUGGUGGGACGCGAUUGUUUUAUCCAAACGCUAGUUAUUUCGUAUCAAAAUCGUACAUUUGCUUCUAUAACGUAGUUUUGCUUCUGACUAAAUAAAUUAACUGCAAAACAAAUAUUUUAAUGAAAAGUUCUGUGAAAAUGAAAUCGAAUUUACAUUAAAGGAAACUCAGAAAUAGCCUUAUAAUUGUAUUGAAAAUCGUAGCACAAUAAUACUUUUGAUAGUGAAUUCUGCAAAUCUUAUUCACAAAUAAAGCGUGCAUUAAAUAUUCCAGAAAUAUAAUUAUAGGUAUAAGCUUAGUAUCAUUUACAUUAAGAAAGAGCUUCCUAACAUAGCACAGAAAUUUGCAUAAUAUCAAGUAGAAUCGUAUAUAACGUAAACUGUGAAAGCUAUAAACACUGAUCUGUGGAUAUAAUAUUCACUUGCAUGUGGUUAUGUCCUUAUGACAUGAUAAAUUAAAAUUUUCUACGUAUUUUAGACUUUAAAAAUGUUUUGUUCUUUGUUUCAGAAUAAAAUGCGUUGUUAUACUAAUUUUAUCUGCUAUAUAUGUAUUUUUAAAAAUCUAAUUGUUAAUAUGCAGGUUAAAUAUAGGAUGAUGCACGUAUUGAUAUAAAUGCCGGAUAUAGCAUGAUAAUCACGUACCUCACUCAGAAGAGUAAAAUAUUCAUAACUGAUUAGAACAUCCAUUCACCUGUUUCUUGAAAAACAAACAAGUAUUACAGUAUCAUUUCCGUACAUCGCAUUCAUUAUAGAUGAAGUUUUAUAUCUUACAACAUUACAGGAUGGCCAUAAAUUUCCUAAAACUCUGUAUUCAAAAUUUUAUAAUAGCGUUGUACCUGAAUAUAGAUUUUGUGUACAACUUUCAUAGAUUCAUAUAACAUUUAUGGUAAAGUUAAUAAAAUUUUUAAAAUCAUUAUAUAUAUAUAUAUAUAUAUAUAUGUGUGUUUGUGUGUGUGUGUGUGUGUGUGUGUGUGUGUAUGUAUAUAUAUAUAUGUUUAUUGAUCUCUACAUUUUAAUUAUUUUCAUACUCAUCUCAACAUAGCUGAGUGGAUGUUGUUCUAAGAACAAGUGAUGUUAUUUUCAAAACAUGUUGGUUGGAAAAUGUAAUUAUAUAAACACUGUCUUUUAAACAUUUUACAAAAGAUACUGUCUAUGCAAAUGAUGUUGUGACUGAUAACACCAUAGUUUCUCUUUAUUAAAUCUAUGCUACUUUCUCGUCAAUGUGAUAAUUCUUAAGUAACUAUAUUUCAAAGGCAAAAUGGAAACCAUUUAUUCAACCUAAUUAUUCCGCUUUACAUGAACGCAUCAUAUGACCUUAGUUCAUAAUUUUUAGUAUAAAAUUUCUUUAUGUCAGACUCUUGAAUAGGUUUUAUUUUUUUUUAUAUAAAUUUAACAAGCUCUUUAAUCAGUUCAUGAAAUUUUCUUGUAAAUUUGACAUAGUUUUGAUCUCAUAAAACUUUCUUAAAAACUGUAAAAAAAAAGGUUUGCAUGGCCUUACAUUACAGUUUCAUUCAUGAACUGUAUGUUUGGCUUUAUUUAUGACGUUAAUGAAGCUACUUAACGAUGUACGCAAUUUAUUGCGAUUGUUAAAGGAAAUAUUAGAACAGAUAUGUAAGAAUACCGAGAAAAAUUAUCGAUGUAAUGUAAAUAUUUGCAUUUGGUAUGUUUCAAAUAAUAAUUGUGUAAACAUUAGCAAUUUAACCAACGUGAAGCAAAAAAAUACUCUGUAGAAGGGAAGAGUUUUCUCUAGAGAGUAGGCAACUCUUUUCUGCGCCUUGGCAUCGCUUAAUGUCUUCCAUUAAAUUUUUUCUCUGUGUAAUGUAGCUUUGCUCGUUCGUCAGUUCGCGGAGGCCCCUUCGCGGGCGUUCCUCGGCGGCGAUUCCAACCCCCGAACACGACCUCCCCCAUAAUAUUCGCAAAAUAUGUGUAUACCCCUUACGUCUAAAUCCCUAUGUCGCAUCAUGAAUGGAUAAAUGAUUCACUUUGAAUUAGAGGACAUCUUCGAUGUUUUGUGGAUGCUAUUUGUGUGAUAAUUCCAUUGUCAUUCUUCGACAAAAAUAGACAGUUGUGAUAAUUAUAUUGAUGUUUUCUAAUAAGGAUGGAUGUUUUUCGCUAAUGUGAGUCUUUUAUAGUUAUAAUAUUAAGAGAUUAUUGAUCCCUACAUUGUUUUCUAGAACACAGCCCAUUAUUACUGGAGGUUUCAUUCAUAGGAGGCCAAAGUUACUCUUUGCUACAGACAUGAUGUAAAAAGUGGGCAGAUAUAACUGCAGCUGUACAUAACUUCAGCAACUUACAUAUAGGUGUACAACUUACACAAUAUAAGAGAUAACCGUCUUUCUUCUGAAAGCGUCUGUAACCCAGCUGCUCAUGUCUGAAUGAUAUAUGUGUGGAAGAUAUCGAAAACUGUAACGAGGGUACUAUAUUUCAGCUGCUGCAUUUUGCAUGUUCUGAGAUUUGUUGAUGUUGGUUGCAUUAGAGUUCUGGAAAUAACGUGUUUUUUAGGAUCUUGGUUACAAUAGGCAUAUGCCUUUUGGAAGUACAAUUACAACAGUCAUAUACCUUUUGGAUUGUAAGAUUGCCUUAUAAUUUGUGGAGUUAUCGAGCUAUUAUUCUGUAUUAAUAUAAUAUAUAAAUAUAUCUCUAAUGCAAUAACGUUUUAUCUCAGAAGGAGUAAAGCCAUUUAAAUUUUAAGCCACUUAGAUUUCAUACCGGGGAGAAUGUUGGAAGAGAAAGCUAUAUAUUAAUAAAAACUGCAAAAACUGAAGAAGCAAGAUCACUAAUAUAAUUAAAUAAAUCUCCUGUUUUUAGCAUAUUAAGUCAUUUCGGAAUCAUGAGGUGUCGAGUUAGCGGACGUUUUCAGGCUGAAAACAUCCACUGCCGAUUUUCCUUUGUGAUAUAAUAUACUACGCUUUUUUCAGUAAUUGUAAUAUACUAAUUUCGAGUUUAUUUACCUACCUUUUAUAUUAUUUCUACAGUAAAUGAUGAUCGGAAGCCUGCAUCAGAUGGAAAACUUUUACAUAAAUACACGUGAACAUUUCAACGACUGCAAUAAAACAUUUUAGAAUGAAAUUUAAAUACUCGAAUAGUUAUGGAUAGUGCUUGCGGUAAAAUGCAAAGAACAAUCUUUUUUCAUGGGGGAUAAAAAGGUACGAAACGUUUCUUAAAUAAUUUUUUUCUAUCUUGAAGAUAAAGACCUUACGAUUCCUCAUAAAUCACAUUGCAAUGUAAAAUUUUAUAUUUUUGCUAUCCAGUAUCAAUGUGAGAGUAAAAAAAAAAAAAAAAAAAAAAAAAAAAAAAAAAAAAA